AUGAGAAAGUCGAAGGCAUUUGUUCAGAAGUGGGUACAGCGAUAUAAAGUAGCUAAAAAUGUUGAUGAUUUACCAGAACGUGGCUCGAUAGAAAAAGUGGACAAAAAAGAUGAAGAAAGAAUAAUUAAUUUGUUUUCACGGAAUCCUGCUUUAACGCUGCGGCAAGGACAAGCAAAAUUAAAGGCAAAAGUACGUUGUAUCCUCAUACGAGCCUGGUCAUUUUCGACCAAUAGGCUUGUUCAGCGGACCGUAAAACACGGAAUAAAGGUGCAUCUUUGGGGCUGCUUCUCAAAGCAGGGAUUCGGCACUUUGCACCUUUUUACCGAUAACCGUAACGCCGAGAAAAUGUUAAAAAUCUACAAAAAGGCUUUACUUCCAUCUGCCAAACGUUGGUUCAUCAAAAGAAAUGAAGAUUGGAUUCUGCAUGAGGACAACGAUCCUAAACACCUCAGCAAGCUCUGUACGGAGUGGAAAGCUCAAUCUGGCAUCGUUACAUUGGAUUGGCCAUCGCAAUCGCCCUAUGCAAACCCAAUUGAAAAUGUGUGGGUAUAUAUAAAACAUAAACAUCGUGAAAGACGUACACAAACUUUGAAGCAGCUAUCUUGCGAAAUUCGUCGGAUUUGGAGAUCGUUGUCAGUAGAAUACGCCGUCAAAUUGGUAGAAAGUAUGCCUCGGAGAUGCCAGGCAAUUAUAGACGCCGGUGGUGACUGGACACAUUAUUAA